UGAACUUUUGUUACUUUUUGUAAGCUAUAUGAUCUGUUUCUAGACGUGCUACUCACUAUCAUAUUUUCUAAUUUCUCAAUUGAAACCUUCUCCGGUUCAAUCUUCUUAUACUUUAUGCAGUAAAUGCGUCUACAGAAAAUUUUGAAAUUUAUAACCAAGUAUUGCCUUAGCGAAUUAGACAUAACUACUCUUGGUACACGACCUUGAAUGUCCGUUUCUGAGUUUGUUUGGGUGUAAAUUGUGUUGUAUUAUUCUUAAACUACCCCACUUUGUUACAACUAGUUAUAACUAGUUGUGAACUCAGCUAGCCUUCUUUCCUCAAUCAGAUCUAUUUGACCUGCUAGUUCUAGUUCAGAUUUCACAGUUAACUUCUUUAUCUCGGAACUUUCAGGUUUCUGAGGCUAAGGUUACUAUUCAUACAACCCUGAUGCAAUAUCAUUAGUAGUUCUGCUUUCUUGAUAUUAUUUGAGCUAUCUUUAUUUGUCUCUCGAUAUCUCUACCGUUUGCUAUUUACUUUCUAACCAAUUUUCCCAAAUUACCGACAAAAAUUCUUUCAGGGCGCAAUGGCUGACUGGGUGUUUAUGGUUCUGUUUUUGGCCUUCGUCUACCUGCUGAAGUUUUUUCUGACUGACAAAAGGCCGAAACUCCAUCUGGCCGACAAUUCAAAAAUGAGAGAGAUCUCGGAGAAGUGUGCGACCUUCAAACAGUCGUACGUUCCGACCUUCUGGUGUUUUCUGGGCCAUGCUAUGACUGUCGCGGCCUCUUUGAUGCGCGAUUUUUUCAGACAGCACUACCCUUACGAGCGCGAAACUUUGAACACGCCUGAUGGCGGUUGUGUUAAUGUCGAUUGGGCUGGAAAAGAAAACAUUAAAAAAUCUGAAGACGCUUCUGUUAUCAUAUUCUUGUCAGGAAUCACGAAUUCAAGUAAAGCCACAUACUUGAUAAAACACGUGGAGCAUUUUGUCUCAAAAGGAUGGAUUUGUGGAUGUUAUAUUUACAGAGGAGCAGAUAAUACAGAGGUCAAAACACCACUGCUGUACUAUGGUUCGUUUUUUAACGACUUGGAACUUAUUGUGCAGCACGUGAGAUCUAGAUACCCGAAGUCAGCCAUUUGUGUUAUGGGCGUGUCAUUAGGAGGCAUGAUCACUUUCAAUACCAUGUGCAAAUCAAGUGUGGUCAAAAAAGAAGUGUCCGCAGCUGUUUGUUUAUCAAUGCCCUGGAAUCCUUUUGUGUCCUGUAAAGACAUCCAUUCCGGCAUCAAUUACUACCUGUUCAACAAGCCAAUUUCGAGUUCGCUGAAACAACUGGCAAAAAAACACGUGAACAUGUUGACUAAAAUAGGCGUGAGCGAAAAAACUAUAGACGAGUUGCACACGAUUAAGGGCUACGAUCAGAUGAUUGUGGCAAAAAUGGCGGGAUAUGAAUCGUGUGAGGACUAUUACACAGAUGCGGGACCAGUGUUUAAGAUGGAUCAGAUUGAGAAACCACUUCUGGCGAUAAAUGCCAGAGACGACCCGUUCUCUGCUCCGGCUGGGUUUCCGACUGAUGCUGAACUGGCGAAGUGUUCGUCGCCUAUUGCCCUGUUAGAGUACAAUUUCGGAGGACAUAUGGGCUUCGCAACCAACUGGUUGGCAUGUGACAUGUUUACAUGCGGGGUCAUCUCGGAGUUUUGUGAGAAUGCAAUCAAGGUUGAUUCGGCACAAGUUGACUAAAUAAAAAGAAUUUGAAAAUUUGAACUGCUGCGCAGAUCAAAGAAAGUGCAACAAAGAAUUGUAAAAUUGUGACAGAAAAUUAAUUCGAAAAGCUGUUGAAACCAAUGGGAAUUUUUUUCGUGCAACAAGCGUAGUUUUGAAUUGUUCUGGGAAAAAUUUCUUCUAAAAGUUCUUGAAAACCAAAUUGUUAUUUUAUUUGGAUAAAAACAUCCAUAGGACCUCGUAACUCUUUUGAACUUUUGGCACCAAAGAGAAACGAUUUUUUGCUCAAAAACCUCAGAGGCAUAAUUGAAUUGCAAAUUUCAAAACUGACUAGUAAUGAAUGGUGGGCCAAUUCUCUACUAAGCUCGAAUGAAUGAUCAACUAGUCAAAUACCUCCUAAAAAGCACAUUAAUUUUCUGUCGGAAAACUUGUUGAACUACGGUAACUACUUUAGAAAUCAAACUUUGAGCAUCAAAAUUUCCUGAAGCUAACCCAAUUUUUUUAAAAUCGAAUCCAGUGUUCGAAUACAGUGUUGAUGUCAUUUCAAAUUCGUUGAAUUGUUUUUCGUAUUAUUCCGAAGUAGGAAAACUCAACCCUUGCUUUGUCUUGGAUAUUAAUGCUUUUGAUCUAAAAAUAAAUUUAUGAAUUUUAAAAUUGAUAUUGAAUUCAAUUGAGUUUCCCAG